UACGGACGAACAAGUCGGAGAAGAGAAGGGAGACGCCGUUUGGAUCUGGUUUUGUGGGCAUCCACCAACUCUUUCCAUUUUCUUAAAAUUUUCCUUCCUUUAAAACAAAAAAAAAAAACACACGAUUUCUCAAAUUCGAUCAAUUUGCCUUUAAGACUGACUUUUCGAUCUCAACGAUCGCGUUUCGUUUUCACGUUCGAAAGUUUCGUCCUUUUGAUCGCGAUCCCACAAAAAAAAAAGCAUGAGGAAGAAGCUCGACACACGUUUCCCUGCUGCUCGUAUAAAAAAAAUAAUGCAAGCUGACGAGGACGUUGGCAAGAUCGCUUUGGCUGUGCCUGUCCUAGUCUCAAAAGCUUUGGAAUUGUUCUUACAAGACCUUUGUGAUCGUACCUAUGAAAUCACCCUCCAGAGAGGAGCAAAGACCGUGAGCUCAUUGCAUCUAAAAAAUUGUGUAGAAACAUACAACGUGUUUGACUUUCUGAGGGAAGUUGUCAGCAAGGUUCCUGACUAUGGGCAUGGGCAUGGGCAUGGUCACGGUAAUGGCCAGGCUGAUGCUACCAUGGACGAUCGCACUAUCUCCAAGAGAAGGAAGCCUACGGGUGAUGAAGCUAGUGACAGCGAUGAGGACCUAAAGAAAACCAAAGUGCAGGAGACAGGGCAAGUGGGACCGAGUGGAAGGGGUAGAGGCAGAGGGCGUGGAAGGGGACGUGGACGAAGUGCAAAAACAGCUGAAAGAGAGCUUCUUCUUCAACGCGAGAUGGAAACAGAGCCACCAACCAUAUUGUCAACACCACCACCACAGCUUACUCAAGACGGUAUCACGAUGCCUGCACCAACAACACAACAAGACGUGGAGAAGAAGGAUGCGGAUGACAUGUCUACCCACGCAAAGCAAGAGCUGCAAAGUCCAAAAGCAGGCAACGACACAAACUCAGGUCUGGGUCGAGAUUUCGAUCUCAACACACAGUCUCUAGACAUGGUGGAGGCAAAGCCACCAGUGGUGGUCACAGCCUCAAGAGAGUCGAAACCAGAGGAAUAUCCGGGUUGGUCCAUGUCGGAUAUAGGGAAUAUGGAUCCAAUGCAGCUUGCUAGUAUGGGUAAGAGGUUAGACGAAGAGGAAGAAGAUUAUGACGAGGAGGAAGUUUGAGAGAUGCUGAGACCACAUGUUUUUAGUAGGAAACAUGACAUGAUGUAGGAUUAAAUAGAGGUUAGCAGUGUUUAACAGUCUCUGUUUAUGGAAAAGAUGUAUCAUAUGGUUCUUCUUGCUCUUCUCUUUCCUGUAUGGAGAAAAUAUUGUAGGGCCCUCUUUAAUUAUUAUUUCUAAAAGUUUGAUA